UGGCAACAAAAGCCGGAGCUCGUGCAGAUCACAUCGCACAAUGAUGUAGGACAGACCGGGAUGUUUCAGCUCAUCCGCGAUCAUUCAUAUAGCAUCGGAGUGGUCAUCUCGCAUUAUUACACAAUGAUGAGACAUUUACAAUCAUAACGCAGGAUUGUCCAAAGAGCCAGUUCAACAUCCUGGACUAAAUUUACCACCGAAAUCAUCAUCAUCAUUUCCCGGUCGGUGGAGAGGAGCCCAGUGUAAACAUGAGCACCUGGAGCACUAAGCAAGCCCCGGACGGUGGAUGGGGUUGGGCCAUUGUGGUUGCCUCUUUCAUGGCUCAGCUCCUGGCCUAUGGUUCCCCCCAGUCAGUGGGGGUGCUCUACCCAGAAUGGCUGAACACCUUCCAGGAUGGCAAAGGCAUGACAGCAUUGGUCGGCUCUCUCGUGUCAGGGGUCGGUCUCAUUGCUAGUCCCAUCUGCAGUGCCUGUGUUGUGAAUUUCGGGGCCAGACCCGUGACCAUCUUUAGUGGGGUCAUGGUCUCCGGAGGACUUAUGCUUAGUGCUUUUGCACCCAAUGUUCAGUUUCUCAUAUUUUCCUAUGGGAUUGUUGUUGGAUUAGGCUGUGGACUUGUUUAUGCUGCUACUGUAACCAUCACAUGCCAGUAUUUUGACAAGAGACGCGGUCUUGCUCUUGGCAUUGUUACAACGGGGACAAGUAUUGGAGGUUUUCUCUACGCUACUGUACAGAACGAGCUCAUUGCACUCUUUGGACUCGACGGUUGCCUUUUGCUUAUUGGCUGUUUUUCGCUAAACAUCAUCGCCUGUGCUGGACUUAUGAGACCCCUGCACCUGCCGGCCUACUACCUGAAACAAAGAGCAGCGCUGGCCGAGAAGGCAGAGGAGAAGGUUCUGGAAAUGACCCCUGUUGUGGAGGACCCAAUCAAGAAAAAUCAGUCCGUCAACAUACUAAUCACAGGGGAGACGAAAGACCCUCCACCGUAUGAGAAGAGCCUCAUGAGUUACGUGGAGUUGAUGCGGCUCGUGAAGAAGAAGCAGAAGGAGUACUCUGAAUACUUGCACUCGACGGCGGAGCUGCUUCAGAACAGGGUCUUCUUGGCCACGUGCAUGUCUUUGUUCGCAUAUUGCUUGGGAGCUUACACUCCCCUUCUCUUCCUGGAGGAUUUGGCCCAGAGCGAGGGUCUGAUCAGCGGCAUCAGCAUCAUCCCGCUGGUCUCCAUCAUGUCCAUUGCUGCUGGAGUGGGGAAGCUGCUGCUGGGUGUCAUGAUGGACAUCCGCUGGAUGAACAGCAUCUUUCUGUACGCCUUUACCCUGCUGGGAACAGGGGUGGCUCUUCUCAUAAUCCCUGUUACCAGGAAUUACGCUGGGCUGCAGGUCAUCUCAGCACUGCUGGGUUUCUUUUCUGGAAACUGGUCUGUCAUACCUUAUAUUACUACUAAGGUUGUGGGAAUGGAUCGUCUGACUGAGGCAUUUGGGAUCUUGAUGUUCUUCGGUGGAUUUAGUAUAAUGCUCGGACCACCAGUGGCAGGCUGGAUUUAUGACUGGAUGCACUCUUAUGACCUGGCGUUCUACUUCAGCGGGAGUUUCGUGCUGCUGGGAGGAGCUGGCCUUUUCCUUGCUGCCUUGUGCUGUCAGAACAAGAACCAGGAUGAAGCUCACAUGCCAGACACUGAAUGCAUUAAUGACUAUGACAAAGUGGCAACGGUUGCCUGAAGCACGACUACAAGAUUAAAUGCUGUUCAGCGGAUAAAUUCUCACCCCGUAAUUACAAAUAACUGAAAUGUACUUUACAUCAGUGUUUUGUACUCUUUUUACACUGAAGAAUUCUAGCAAAUGGUUAAAAGGACAGUCUUUUAACCAUUUGCUAGAAUUCUUCAGUGUAAAAAGGCUUGUCAUUUGUGGCGAUGGUGGAGUCCUCAUUGCCAUGUGUCACCAGUCUCAUAGAAACAAUGUUUUCAAAAGUUUUAUGAGAUGGCUGUAUUUUUUAUUUGUGUGUGUGUGUGUGUGUGUGUGUGGACGUGCAAGACAUUACACUGCAACGCUACACUGCAAAUAAAUAUCAUUUUUGUACUGGUUAACUGACUGGCUGAUAAUGACUUGUGUUGUACCAAAGUUUUGGUUGUUGUUGGUUUAUUUAUUGUAUUUGAGUCUGUAAAUGCUGUUCAUAAGGAUCAGGCAGACAACAAGCGAACUGUCCUUGUAAGUUUAUGCCUUGUUUUCUAUGCCUUAUAAAUUUUUUUUGAUUUUCUUAGUGAUACAGACUGUAGUGUGUAGUUGAUUCAAAACUAAAUGCUAUAAAGAAAUAUGUAUCAGUUAAUUUGCUGUCAAGAUAUUUUGUAUUGCAGUUUAGCUAUCCUUUAAUUUCUUUGUGUAUUUUUCAAAUACCAGCUUAAACCGACUGUUUUACACAUUUUGCUAUAGACGAAGUUUGUUCGUUUCACAUUUCAACCUUUGCAAGGCAUUGUUACUUGAAAUAAGUUUUUAUUAUUAUAUAUUUUUAUAUGAAUUAAUACUCAACAGUGAAGGUGGAAUGGGACACUUUAAAACACAAGUCUGCACUCCUUCCAUCUCUGUUUAAAAUCCAUCAAAGGAAUGUUUAUGGUUAUGGCACCUUUAGGUAUAGUGGACCUUUGAUCCUGCCAUUAUUAUUUAUGUCUCUUUUAUUGUUUUAUUUGCGUUUUUAUUAUUAAAGUUUCACUGGGAUAAAUGUUUAUUUGCUGCUUAUUUUAUAGCCAGUAUAAUUUUGAAAACAGUACUCAUGGUCUGCUGAUGCGAAAUGCAAACAAAGCCAGACUUCACUGUAUAGAUUUAUACUGAGUUUCAUUAGACUGCCAUGAUGUGAGGUGGCCUUGUGGUCUCCAUGGAUACAGUAACUAUAGUGAGUGCAAUCAGAGCUCUAUUUAUGCAGUCACCAGUGUCUGUUUACCUGCAGAGUUUGAUAAAGGUUAUACAGGAACACCUCUCAUAAUAUAUAUGUGUAUAUAUAUAUAUUACUUCUAUUACUUCUAUAAUACAUUUGUGGUAUACAUUUUUGGCAAUUUAGCCAAUUGUGAUUCUGAAAUGAAAACUGCUUAGGCCUACCUAAUUAAAAUUGUAUCAUUCUCACAAA